AUGGUGAAUUACUAUGAGGUUCUAGGAGUCCAAAGAACUGCAUCUGCAGAUAAAAUUAAAAAAGCGUACCGACAGCUGGCUUUAAAGGUACAUCCUGAUAAAAAUCCAGGAAACAGGGAAGCAGCAGAGAAGAAGUUCGUAGAAAUCUCUAAAGCGUAUGAGGUCUUAUCUGAUGCCAAAAAGAGAGAUGCCUAUGACCAAUCUGUCAAAGGGAAUACAAGUGGGAAAGAAAGGCCUGGAGGCAGAAGAGGUACCACUAGACACGACAGAGGACAUGGAGACAAGGGGUAUGAAGAACGACACGUUGACACUGAACUCAGUUUCCACAGGCCCCAUCUGGGUGGACACAAGGAAACGGACUCUUUUUCAUUCAAUAUCUUAAAUGAUCUGCUUGAUGACAUUGCCAGUGUCCAGCAAAGGCUCCAUAGAAGCAGAAGUCACAGUGACUUUUCUGUCUCUAUCAGGGGGGUGUCUCCUAUUCCAGGAACCGGGUUUACUUCCUUUGGUUCUGGGAUUACUGAGGCCUGUUCCUGCUCUUCUGGUGCAUCUCUGAACAGCAGCAAGAAAGGCAGGUUCAAGUCCAUUAUAACAACCAGCAAGAUCCUGAAGGACAAAAAGGUCAUUACAAGGAGAAUUACAGUGAAUGGCAAGACUACCAUUGAAACUGAGGAAGAGCCAGUUUGUCACUGAUGUGCUCCCAGCUGUUGU